AUGGGUGAAGGGGAGAAGGAGACACAGGCCCCCGAUUAUGGAAUGGUAAUUUAUACUCCUACAAUUUAUAAGUCCUCAGAAUUUCCCUUUAUUAGUACCCUGGGUUCCUGUAAAAUCCAAUGGAGAAUAACACGGGUGGCCAACCAUACUGGAUGAUUAGAUUUUGAUCUAGUGGGAAUCUUCAGUCAAUCCAACCACCCAGCUCUUCUUUAUGUGGUCAUUUUUGUGGUUUUCCUAAUGGCCUUGUCUGGCAAUACCAUCCUGAUCCUUCUGAUACACUGCGAUGUUCACCUGCAUAACCCCAUGUACUUUUUUAUCACCCAGUUGUCUCUCAUGGAUGUGAUGUACAUUUCUGGCACUGUGCCCAAGAUGCUCAUGGACCAGGUCACAGGAGUGAAUAAGAUCUCAGCCCCUGAAUGCGGGAUGCAGAUGUUUCUUUAUUUGACACUAGUAGGUUCAGAAUUUUUUCUUCUAGCUGCCAUGGCCUAUGACCGCUAUGUGGCCAUCUGCCAUCCACUCCGUUAUCCUAUCCUCAUGAACCAUAGGGUGUGUCUCCUCUUGGUGUCUUCCUCCUGGUUUCUUGGAUCUGUGGAUGGAUUUAUGCUCACACCUGUCACCAUGAACUUCCCUUUCUGUAGUUCCCAGGAAAUCCAUCAUUUCUUCUGUGAGGUCCCUGCUGUAAUGAAGCUUUCCUGCUCAGACACUUCCCUCUAUGAGACCCUCAUGUACCUGUACUGUGUUCUCAUGCUCCUCAUCCCUGUGACAAUCAUUUCAAGCUCCUAUUCUUUCAUCCUCUUCACCAUCCACAGGAUGAACUCAGCAGAGGCAUGGAAGAAGGCCUUUGCCACUUGUUCUUCCCACAUGAUGGUGGUCAUCCUCUUCUAUGGUGCUGCUGUCUAUACCAACAUGCUUCCCACCUCCUAUCACACCCCUGAGAAGGACAUGAUUGUAUCUGUCUUUUACACUAUACUCACUCCUGUUCUAAAUCCUUUAAUUUAUAGUCUUAGGAAUAAGGAUGUCACAAGGGCUCUAAAAAAAAUGUUGAAUGUGGGAUCUGUCUUACAGGAAAGUAUAAAGUAG